AUGACCUCUCGUGAUGGCUACCAGUGGACGGCAGAGACUGGUCUUUCCCAAGGAGUGCCCUCCAUUGGGGUUAUCUCACCUGCCACAAAUAUCGAUUCGUCCGCGGGGCCCUGGGAUGUUAUUGUGAUCGGAGCUGGAUAUUCCGGGCUGACUACUGCUCGCGACUUGUGUAUUUCAGGACACAAAGUGCUUCUAGUGGAAGCACGGGAUCGGAUUGGUGGGCGCUCAUGGUCUUCAAAUAUCGGAGGCUAUCCGUUUGAAAUGGGGGGAACAUGGGUACAUUGGGGACAAUCGCAUGUCUGGCGUGAAAUAUCUAGGUAUCAGAUGCGACAAGAGAUGGAGCCUUCGUUCGAUUUCUCCCGUGGAGUGAAUCAUUUCCAGUUGCGGACAAAUCAAGGACAGACAAUAAUGAGUCACACAGAUGAGGAUGCACUUCUUUCCACGGCCAUAGAGAAGUUCGUGGAUGUUGAUGGUGAAAAGGGAAGGAGGAUUAUCCCAUUCCCGCACAAUGCGUUCCAUGUGCCCGAGGCGCGCCAAUACGACAAUAUGUCUGCAAAGGACCGCUUGGAUGCCAUCGCCUUGUCGCUAACACCCAAUGAACGCAUGGCUCUGGAGAGCUUUAUUCUUCUGUGUAGCUGCGGCACGUUAGAAACAACGAGUUUCUUUGAGAUGCUUCAUUGGUGGGCUCUGUCCGGUUACACUUAUCAAGGCUGCAUGGACCAUUUAAUAUCCUACAAGUUCAAGGAAGGGCAGUCUAGCUUUGCCAUAAGGUUCUUUAGAGAGUCUCUUGCAACGAAAAACCUAUGUUACGCCUUCAAUAGCCCAGUCAACGCAAUAACUGACCAGGGAGACAAGGUCAAGAUAACCGCUCGAGAUGGCCGUCAGUAUACAGCGGCUCGGCUGGUCUCCACAAUUCCACUCAACGUUCUCAAUACCAUUGCAUUCGACCCACCCCUGAGUGUGCAGCGUCAAGCUGCAUCAAGAAUUGGCCAUGUCAAUCAAUGUGUCAAGGUCCAUGCUGAAAUAGCAAGCAAAGAGAUGCGGUCCUGGACAGGAAUUUCCUAUCCCUUCAAUAAGCUUGCCUAUGCGAUAGGUGAUGGGACAACGCCAGCCGGAAACACUCACAUUGUAUGCUUUGGUGGAUUUCAUAACCAUAUUCACCCAGAAGAUAAUGUGAAUGAGACCAAAAAGGCGGUCGAGAGCAUGGCACCGGGGAAUAUGGAUAUAAAGAGACUGGUUUUUCAUAAUUGGAGUAAGGAUGAGUUUGCAAAAGGGGCGUGGUUUUCCCCUCCCCCAGGUCUCUUGUCAACUUCGCUGGACGCCAUGCGAGAGCGACAUGGCAAUAUUCUUUUUGCUAAUUCUGAUUGGGCUGUUGGAUGGCGGAGCUUUAUUGAUGGAGCUAUUGAAGAAGGAACACGUGCUGCGAUGGCGAUAAAAGAAGAGCUUCAACUUGUCAAAUCUACUGCUCGACCCCGUCUAUAA